CGUCUCAUACUCCUCUUCGGGUGUGCUAAAGUUACUACCCCAAUCAAACGAUACGCCGGUUAGCUAACCUAAGCCAUGAGCUUACUAGAUCAGCUCUGGGACGACACCGUUGCUGGUCCUCGUCCCGAAAACGGCCUCGGAAAGCUCCGUAAACAACACACCUUCACUGUGCGACCGAGCAAGGAAUCGGAGGGUGGAGGUGCGGAGGAGGGUAUGAGGGUAACGAGAAGCAUCAUGAUACUGAAACCACCGCCGACUCAGAACGGUUCGCCUCCGGUUUCGCCUGCUGGAUCUACGCCACCGGUAUCUCCGUUUGCCGGAGGGAGCAGAGAGGCAUACCGGUUCCGGAGGAGGUCUAUAUCGGAUGUGUACGAGAAAGCAAAUGGGAUUGGACCCAGGAGCCCAACUCCUCCUGACGACAUGUGAGAUUUGAGUUCACUUUUUUCUCAUCAACCAGCACAAGAACAAAAAAUUGAAAAAUGAAAAAGAACAAGAAAAGAAAAGUUCUCCUCUCUUAUCUUUUUAGUGGGUUGUUGUGAUUGAAGCUGAAAAUGUGUUGUGUUGUGUUGUGUUUGUGUAGAAGUGUGUGGUUGUGCAUGUGGUUUUGUAGAUAUGUAAUAUGGCUUGUGUUAUCGCGGGAGGAGAGUCCGAAUGAGGCUGCUCAAAGCGUUGUUAGCUGGUAGUGUUUGUAAUGGAUCUUUCCUCUAUAUAGAGCUGAGGUUUUCUCAUAUAUCCGCACUGAGUAAAUUUUGAAUAA